AUGGAGUCUACAUCAAAUUCUGAUAAAACAACAGCUUAUAAUGAGAUGUGCAGAAGGAUUGUACAAGCAAAUCCCCCAACUCCAAACAAAAUGAAGCCCUUUGAUAAAUUUAAAGCAAAUUUUCGUUUUUAUAUUCAACAAUGUACUAGAAAUCCUUUGUUGCUUAAAACAUUAAUUUCUGUAGCAACUGUUGGGUUAGUAAAUGGAACAAUUUAUUACAAUUAUGGUCCAGAUCAUCCAUGCAAUCUUAUUUUAUGGUUUUACUAUAAACGCAACGAUAAAUUAACUACAGAACAAUUAUGGAAAUCUAGAAUGGUUUCUGAAUAUCAACGUAGCUUCUAUCAAAACUUGGAUCGUUCAUAUUAUACUUCAGAGCGUGACAAGAAAAUAAAUACAAUGCUCUUUUAA